AUGGCAGAACUCGUCGGGUUGCUACAAGAAGUUGAGUGCAAGAGCUAUCUCGAUAGGGACACUAAACUCAAAGACGCUGAAGUCCUUGACGAUUUGGCGAAUACCCUUAUCUCUGAACCCCAGUCAGAAAUAAUCGCAGUUGAUAUUCAGCGGGCUAACAAUAAGGUCACGCUAACUCUCGCAACAAAUGGAACCGUCAAAAAGUCAACCGUGGCCCAUGCCAGGCUAAUAUGGAAGUAUCUGCAGGAUUUCACUGGAGUAAAAGAUUCUCAGAUAUAUCCAACAAAAGAAUGCAACCUUCAUCCUCAAGUCGUCGAGUUCAAGCGUCUUGCUUAUAAGUUUUCGUCCCAGAGGUUGUUGAGACUGUUGGCGAAGCGUCGAGGAGACACAUCAGGGUUUAACUCGUUUUGA